UUAUUUGUAAAGGUGUUUACUGUCUACAAUAACACCGUGUUGUUCUUUUUGAUUGUCCAAAGCCACAAGUGGGGAGUUGCACAGUUAAAGUGUACCCCCCUUUUACAUCUGCGACAUAAACUUCAUCGAACAUAUAACAAGUGAUUCUUAGUUUACUCCACGUUCAAUCAGAAAACGUGUUUGUUCUUAGAGCUACUCUUUAUUAAAUAAAUAAUUUUAAAACGAGAUGUGAUUUAUAAAAUAAUUUUUAUUACGCUAUUUCUAGAUAUUUUUGUCACUGUGCUUAGUCAAAAUUAAGCUGGAAGAAUUCAAAAAUAUUUUUUUAGUAGUUAAUAAAUAAGUUAAAAUGGUGAAAUUUAAUUUAAAAACACUUUUAUGGAUAAAUUUUAUUUUUUUAAGUCAAGCUGCGAGGAAAACAGUGCAUAUUACCCCGACAUCUGCAUUAGAUCUCAAUGAUAAUGAUAUUAUCAGAGUAUUUACACACAACAAAUCAAAUCCAAGGGAUUUUGAAAAUUUGACAAUUGCUGUUAAAGAUACCGAAGAAAUUUUUUAUCUUGACGGCAAAACUGAUUCUUAUGGGACAGGAAAUGGAGAAACUCAAGAGAUAAAUACUCUCAUCAAAAUAGUUCCUGAGUUUGAUUUAAGUGUGGAGAAUGUAAGCGCGCAGUGUCGGAAGGACUCGGAGUUAUUUAAGCGUGAACUGAGAAAGAUGAGUCUUUGGGCUGUGAAGAUGUACGAUGCGACAGCUAAAAUACCAUCGGGGUUGCUCAGUGGUAAUGUAAAUCAGCUGGGUGAUUUUGACGAGUGUCUGAGCGUUAAUUCGCCGGCAGAGGAUCAAUUAUACGGGCAAAUUACCGGGCAGUAUUGUUUGGUUUAUCUGCAAAUAAAUAUUGACAAGUCCCGGCCUGAUUUGACGUAUCUUCAUCGCCUCACACACUCUCACUACGCAUUUAGGAGUAAUUUAACAGAUCCAGGCCACAGGGUACCGCGUUUCAGCACUGUUAACUGGGCGGUGUGCGCACCAGCUAGCUGUUCACCUCAAGAUGUUGAAACAAGCUUCAAGGAUAAGCUCGCUAAGUACACAACAGGGACUGGUCUUGACGUAACCAUCAGAGUCGACCGUGAAAUGUGCCAAGUUCAAAGGACCAAGUCACUUCCUAUUGCGACAAUCAUCGUCGGCAUUUUCUUCGCUGGCGUUAUAAUUCUCUCUAUUGUUAGCGCUGUUUGUGAUCACUACAAUGUUUAUGCUAAUGAGAUCUUACUGUCGUUUUCCCUGAAACGUAAUUUCCGUAAGCUUAUAUCAUUACAACGCAGUCAGAAUGACAUAGCAACUGUCCAUGGUGUAAGAGCAAUUAAUGCGCUGAUGUUAAUAGUAGCGCAUAAAAGUAUGGCUAUUUUUUUUUAUCCUUAUGCCAACAGAACUACUAUGGCAGAGUAUCUUGGUCAGCCUUGGACAGUAUUAGGUCGAGCAGCCAGUCUUUAUACAGAUCCUUUUAUCAUGCUGUCAGGACUUUUGACCACUUAUUCGCUUGUACAGCAAUUAGAUAAAUCAGGAAAAAUUGAUAUUAAAAAAGAAUAUUUAUCAAGAUUACUCAGAUUGGUCCCAACUUUAGGGGCGUUAAUACUUUUCUGCACUUUUAUAAUGCCGUACAUUGGUUCAGGACCUCAGUGGAACUUGGUAGUAACUCAUCAUGCAGAAAUUUGCAAAAGAACUUGGUGGAGAAAUUUAUUAUUUAUUCACAACUAUUUUGGAUUUGAAAAUAUGUGUUUGACGCACACACAUCAUGUAGGCAUUGAUACUCAACUAUUUGCAUUAUCUCCAUUAAUGAUAUUGACACUGUACAAGUGGCCGAAGUUUGGAGGACUUACACUUGCUAUUAUCGCUUUAUUAUCAACAGGAUUACGAUUUUACGUUACUUAUUACAAACGUCUUAGUAAUUAUGUUUUCUUCGGUACAUCCAUACGACAGUUGUUUGAUACAGCAAAUCUUUCAUACAUAUUGCCAUCUCAUCGAUUGACUGUUUAUAUAAUUGGAAUUUACCUCGGUUACUUGCUUAGAAGAUACCCCAAAGGAUUAAAAAUAAACAAGUCGAUCAUUAGACUCGGCUGGAUGGUGACCUCUUUAGCAGCUCUUGCUGCCUUCUUAGGACCUGCUGGUAUGGGUUCCAUCCACUACGUCUACGAUCCAAUACACGCAGCAGCUUAUAACGCUUUCGCUCCAAUCGGUUGGUGUGCGUUAUUUGCCUGGAUUGUUGUUGUUUCUCAUACAGAUAACUCUACAACAUCGCUCACAAGAUUCUUCGGAUGGAGAGGCUUUCUAGUCAGCACAAAAUUGAGUUAUGCUGUUUACUUAACGCAGUUCCCGGUAUUUUUCUACAAUGUCGGUGUAACUCGUACUUCAGAGACGUAUGAAUUCGUUAGAAUGCACUUCAAUUUUAAUGAAAUUUUUUGGAUUAUUACAACAGCCGCUGUACUUACACUUUUAUUUGAUACUCCUUUUCAAAAUAUUAAAAAUUAUUGUUUAAAAUCUAAAUCAAAAGACUCUAAGGCUAAUGAAGUAAUUUAUAAAAAUGUUAAAGUCGAAUAGAUUUUAGUUAUUUAAGCGUGUACAUAGAUCUAGUUUACCUUGCCUUAAAAAGCAAAAAAUUUAUUUAUAAGAUAAAUUGUGUUAGGGAUUGUAAAUAUUUUUUUUUAAGCUAUUGUAAUUGAUUGCACACAAUAAUUCAUUUAUAUUGUUUAUUUUGAUACAAUCACGAUUAAAUAAAUGACAUUAAUUAUUAAUUACUUUCUUCUGUAAGCGUUAUAAUGAUAUUCAUUAUUACACAUAAUAACAAGAGUAUUUUGUGGGCACUAAUUAAUUAUUAUUGCGCACAAUUAUCACGUUGAAAAGUCUAAUUCAAUAUAACUUUAUAACUGGAUACGUUAUUUACAAGCUUACGCGGUAAUUUUAAAUGAGUCUUUAAUUAUUAAAUUAAUUAUAAUUGUUAAUUAUUAAAAAA